CCCCCCGCGGCGCGGGCGUUCCGGCCCGGCCGGCGUUUCCGGGGGAGGCGGCGGCGCUUCCGGCGCGGCGGGAGGAAGUGACGGCGGGUUUGUUGACAGCGGAGGCCGCACGGGGGGAGCGGGGCCGAGCAGGACGCGGAGCCCGCCCCGGGCAGCGGCACCAGCCCCCCAUGGCGCCAGCUGGCCCCAUGUCCCUGUAAAUCCAGCCCGGAACUUCAGCUGAGGAAAGGAUCUCCUGAAUCAAAAGCUUCCUCCUGCUCUUCCCCUUCCCACAACUCCCCCCAGGAUGGCAUCCGACAGCCCCGAGUCGCUGAUGACCCUGUGCACCGACUUCUGCCUUCGCAACCUGGAGGGGACCCUCUGCUACCUCCUGGACAACGAAACGCUGCGGCUCCACCCCGACAUCUUCCUGCCCAGCGAGAUCUGCGACAAACUCGUCAACGAGUACGUGGAGCUGGUGAAGACAGACAGCAUCUUCGAGCCCCAUGAAAGCUUCUUCACCCUCUUCUCAGACCCACGGAGCACCAGGCUGGCUCGGAUCCACCUGCGGGAACAGAUUGUGCAGGACCAGGACCUGGAGGCCAUCAGGAAGCAGGACCUCGUUGAGCUCUACCUGACUAACUGUGAGAAGCUGACAGCUAAGAGCCUGCAAACCUUGGUGAGCUUCAGCCACACACUGAUCUCCCUGAGCCUCUUUGGCUGCUGCAAUAUCUUCUACGAGGAGGAGAACCCCGGGGGGUGUGAGGAUGACUGUCUGGUGAACCCCACCCGCCAGGUCUUGGUCAAGGACUUUACCUUCGAAGGCUUCAGCCGCCUGCGCUUCCUGAACCUGGGCCGCCUGAUCGAGGGGGUGAAUGUGGAGAGCCUGCUGCGGCCUCUGGCCUCCCUGGCAGCUCUGGAUCUCUCUGGGAUCCAGCUCAAUGACGUGGGAUUCCUCACCCAGUGGAAGGACACUCUGGUUUCCUUAGUGCUUUACAACAUGGACCUGUCAGAGGAGCACAUCCAAGUGAUCGCACAGCUCCGCAAGCUCAGGCACUUGGAUAUCUCCCGAGACCAUCUGUCCAGUUAUUACAAGUUCAAGCUGACCCGGCGGGUUCUGAACCUGUUUGUGGAGAACCUGGUGAACCUCAGCUCGCUCGACAUCUCAGGGCACACCAUGCUGGAGAACUGCACCAUCCCCAGCAUGGAGGAGAAGAUGGGCCAGACAAGCAUUGAGCCAGCAAAGAGCAGCAUUGCUCCCUUCAGGGGGCUCAAACGGCCACUCCAGUUCCUGGGCCUUUUUGAAACGUCCCUCUGCCGCCUGACACAUAUUCCAGCCUACAAGGUGAGUGGAGACAAGAACGAAGAGCAAGUCCUGAAUGCCAUCGAGGCUUACACGGAGCACCGGCCGGAGAUCACGUCCCGCGCCAUCAACCUCCUGUUCGACAUCGCCCGCAUCGAGCGCUGCAGCCAGCUGCUGAGAGCCCUGCAGCUGGUGAUCACAGCCCUCAAGUGCCACAAGGAUGACAAAAACAUCCAGGUGACAGGCAGCGCGGCGCUGUUCUACCUGACCAACUCCGAGUACCGCAUGGAGCAGAGCGUGAAGCUGCGGCGCCAGGUCAUCCAGGUGGUGCUCAACGGCAUGGAGUCCUACCAGGAGGUCACAGUGCAGCGGAACUGCUGCCUGACACUGUGUAACUUCAGCAUUCCCGAGGAGCUGGAAUUCCAGUACCGGAGGGUCAACGAGCUGCUGCUCAACAUCCUCAACCAGAGCCGGCAGGACGAGUCCAUCCAGCGCAUCGCCGUGCACCUCUGCAAUGCCCUGGUCUGCCAGGUGGACAACGACCACAAAGAAGCUGUGGGCAAGAUGGGGUUUGUCAUGACAAUGCUAAAGCUGAUUCAGAAGAAGUUGGCUGAUAAAACGUGUGAUCAGGUGAUGGAGUUCUCCUGGAGUGCCCUGUGGAACAUCACUGAUGAGACCCCAGAUAACUGUGAGAUGUUCCUUAACUACAGCGGCAUGAAACUGUUCUUGGAGUGCUUGAAAGAAUUCCCAGAGAAACAGGAGCUGCACCGCAACAUGCUGGGCCUCCUGGGCAACGUGGCAGAGGUGAAGGAGCUCCGCCCUCAGCUCAUGACCUCGCAGUUCAUCAGUGUGUUCAGCAACCUGCUGGAGAGCAAAGCCGAUGGGAUCGAGGUGUCCUAUAACGCCUGUGGAGUGCUCUCCCAUAUCAUGUUCGAUGGGCCAGAGGCCUGGGGGAUCUGUGAGCCCCACCGAGAGGAAGUUGUGAAGAGGAUGUGGGCAGCCAUCCAGAGCUGGGAUAUCAACUCCAGGAGAAAUAUCAAUUACAGGUCAUUUGAACCAAUCCUCCGACUUCUUCCCCAAGGAAUCUCCCCAGUCAGCCAGCACUGGGCCACCUGGGCACUCUAUAACCUGGUCUCUGUCUACCCUGACAAGUACUGCCCACUGCUGAUCAAAGAAGGUGGGAUCCCCCUCCUGAAGGACAUGAUCAAAAUGGCCUCAGCACGGCAAGAGACCAAGGAGAUGGCCCGGAAAGUUAUAGAGCACUGCAGUAACUUUAAGGAGGAGAACAUGGACACUUCCAGAUAGAGGCACUCCCCCAGUGCCUCUUGCCAGCACUGUAUCCAGCUUCUCUCUAACUCACUGUACAUAGGGAGGACUCUUUCUUACCAACUCGCCCGUUGGAAGGAAACUUUAUGUGUGUGUGUGAGACCCUCAGUAGAUGAAGGUGAACAGAGGAGGGGGGGAGGGACUUUUUGCACAACAAAAUGCUUUCCUUAACUUAGUGGACUUUUUUUUGUUAUGAAGUUUCAGGUUGAAGUUCCGUGUGUAUGAUUUCUGUAUAAAAAAGAAAACAAAAAACAAAGACAACAACUACAUUAUGUAUCUUUUAACCUUUUUAUUUUAGACCACACCGAGAGCCUCAAAUGACCAUGAGCUUGAAGACCUAGUUGUGUGAUCACUAGUGUGACAUGUUUAUUUCCCACUUCUUAGAGAAUUCCCUUUUUGCUGUACUGCAUGAGGUCUUGUAAUGUCUGCAAGAACACCAGUCCUGAAUCA